GACUACGAAAACCAAAACACAACAUAUACACACACACACACUUACUAACGCUACACACGCUUGUGUGUGGAAUAUAUAUGUCGUUUGCCUUUGUCAGUCAAUCAGCUAGCUAGUAGCCGUACAGUUCAAUGGUUGUAUAUGUGUCGAUUGAAAUUGUGUGUGGGUAAAAUGCUAUAGCAUGUUUGCGAAAAUGCACAAUAUUACCAAAUGGCAUUAUUUUAGUUAGUGUAUGGACUGAUCCGGUGGUUGAAAGACGUGUGAAUCGACGAUAUAUGUUAUACAAAUUCUUUUUUCUCUCUUUUAAGUUGUAGAUAAAAAAAAGGAACUAGAUAGACUAAUAAAGAAGAAAGGAAACUCAACGCGUACUUUGAAACAUGGUUUUUGACUAAACAAUGGACGAGAAUCGUGUGGCAGAUUAUUUUGUAGUAGCUGGGUUGCCUACGAAAAACCCGAGCCUACUGCAAGAAAAUAUAUUCAAUGAUACGAGUCAAUUGCGGUCGGUAGAUGCCAUUGCGCCGAUUGUUGAAAUUGGUGUAUAUUUCCCAACGCUCGGCGAAACCAUUCCCGAUGGCAAUCAAGUGCUUGAGAAAACACCAACCGGACUGGAUGCCGAUUUAAAUCAUGGAUCCGUACGAACACCGCCAUGUUUUAUCUUCUACCGUCGUGGCUAUGAUAAACCGCCACUUGUUGAUAUUGGCAUUCUGUAUGAGAAUUCCGAGCGCAUCAUGCCCGAUGCACAGAUGGUGGAAUUCACGCCAGGCGGACGGGUAGCGAAUAUAAAUAAUUCGACAACAAAAAUUUUUAUGACCUAUCGACGGGCCAGAGACGAUAUGCCAUGCAAUGAAUUGGUUGUCAGUGAUUUAUGUAUAAUUGUCGCGAGUCGAGGUGAAGAGCCGCCGCAUGCCUUCUGUCAAAUUCACAAGACGCUCAACAAAGGAAUUGUCGGCAGUGACGUAUAUUUGUGCUAUAAAAAGUCGAUGAAUCGACCGAAACUGAUAAGCUACCAACCAGAAAUACUACAUCGCUAUCCAUUUGUGGAUCACAUUGAUUUUCCACUGAAUUUGUGUCAGAGUGUUCCGCUGUUUUGCCUACCAAUGGGCAGCACACUUGAAUGUUGGCCAAAUGUCGAUGGCACGGUGAAGCGAAAGAGCAUAGAUCCAGUAUUUAGUACAUUUGUGCUGACCGUUAGCGAUGGUGCGUACAAGGUUUACGGUUCAGCGCUGUCAUUCUAUGAAGAAUAUGAUCCGUUGCAACUCACCGAAAAACAAAAAGAAAUGCUUGAGUGGACCGAUGAAUCACCGGCAAAUUGUUCACUUCAUGUGAAUAAAGCGAUUUGUUUGCUGUCUCAUCAUCCAUUCGGCGAUACAUUCGAGAAAUGGCUACGUUUCAUUUAUAAAAUGUCAAGAAGUGAAGCACCUUUAACCGUUCCAAUCGAACGCUAUAUCACACAAUUGAUAGACGAAGUUCCAUUUCCAUCGCCCAGCAUUUUAAUUCAAUUGUCAAAUUUAUCCAAUGAACGAAUCAUACUGACGCAACCGGAAGACUCGCCAAUGCCACGCAGCGGUGCUGGCUUUAUGCAAUUGCUUACAAAUUUAGGACCAGAUAAUUGCUUACAUCUACUGUUAUUAGUAUUAGCCGAACAGAAAAUUCUCAUACAUUCGCUUAGACCUUCAACAUUAACAGCUGUUGCUGAGGCGGUUGUUACACUUUUAUUCCCAUUCAAAUGGCAAUGCCCAUACAUCCCAUUGUGUCCGCUCGGGCUGUCCGAAGUGUUACAUGCUCCGUUGCCAUAUUUAAUUGGUGUCGAUUCGAGAUUUUUCGACGUUCACGUACUACCCAAUGAUGUGACAUGUGUGGAUUUGGAUACAAAUCAUAUUACCUUAUGCGAAUCGCAGAAAGAAUUGACUGUGAAACUGUUGCCAAAGCGAGCGAGUAGGAUUUUACGACAGACGCUACGUGAACUUGAGGAAUUAGCACAAACACCAGCCGUUUCGUCUACCAAUAGUUUAGAUCGAGAUUUUAAGCGAAAAAUUCGCGAACAAAGCCUUGAACUUCGAAUACAGGAAGCAUUUUUGAGAUUUAUGGCAAACAUUUUGCGUGGAUAUCGAGAUUAUUUAGUGCCCAUGUCCAAGGCACCAACUGUUGGCUCAACCGAUCCGAAUGCGCUCUUUCAAUUGAACGCAUUUUUGCGUUCGCGAGAUAAGGCCCAUCACAAAUUCUACAAUUACUUGAUGAAAACACAAAUGUUUAUUCGAUUUAUCGAAGAGCGUUCGUUUGUGUCUGAUAGCGGUUAUCAAGGUUUGGCCUUUUUCGACGAGUGCACCGAAAAAGUGAGCGCAUGUGAUGAUACCACGAGUGAAAUUCGGUUUGUUGAUUGGGACAUUGGUACAAGUAGCGAUCGAACAAAAUAUAUUUUACCGCUGGAUUGUCAACCUGGUGCUAAUGAUCAAACAUACACAUACCCGCUGUUCAUGUUGAAUCCGGCUUUGCUUCAACCGCCGAAAAAUCGACUAAACAAAUUGGUACAAAAUGCAUCGUGUGCACCGGGCUCACCAAUGGCUCGACGUACAAAAUACGAAAUCAAAAUGGCACAAAAAAAUGCACGAAAAUGUCAAUCAUCGCCGGAGCAAUGGGCCAAUCAUCUUCUAACAACCUGUUACUCGAUCUAUUUUUUGGUGUUGCCAAGCAUUUUGCUGGACGCAAACAACAAUGAACAGGCAACACUGAAAGCAGCCUACGAUGUACUGUCGAAGGCACACAAAAUGCGAAUCACCUGUGAUGAAGUAUGCUACCGUGUGAUGAUGCAACUGUGUGGCAUUCACAAUUUGCCCAUACUUGCGGUUCGACUGUACUAUCUUAUGAAGCGAUCGGGCAUUCAACCGAAUGCCGUCACUUAUGGCUUUUACAAUAAAUGUGUUCUUGAAGCUCAAUGGCCGUCCGACACUGGGACGGCAAGUAAAUUGCGAUGGAAUCGAUUAAAGAAUGUUAUAUUCGCUGCUGCUUAUCUCCGUCGUGGCAUUCAGAAUGGCGGUCGAAAAUGCUCAUCGGAACAAAAUUUAAGCGCAUUGGAUGCAAAUGAUGCCACAUCGGCAACUAGCUUAGAUAGAGAUACGAAUGAAAGUAACUACUUUUCAAUAGAUUUCUUUGCUUUUGAUAAAUUAAGAGGACGAUUUGGAAAUUUUGGACGACAAAGCGAACGAAAUGAGAAUAAUUUGAGGGCUAGCGUUGGAUCGUUGAAUUCCGUUGGUGUGAAUGACACGAAAAAUAUGAACGGAAAUGGAAAAGAGCACGAGAUUGAUCCGCACACACAUGAGCGGAUCACCGCCGAUAACAUUGAAUUGAUCAAAGAACCGCAGCCACCAAGGGAGCCAGAUGAAUGUGAUGCACAGAACGAAUCAAAAGUUCAACCAAUUGGGACCAAUGGCACUUCGAACAACGAAGGCCAUAUUAUUACAAAAGACAAUAUCGAUCUGGCGGUGAAUGGAAACGCAGACAAUGAAGACGACGACGAUGACGAUAAAACAAGCCCGAAAAAGGUAUCACCGCGUACGCCAGUUACGCAAAAUGAUCCGUUGGGUGCAUUGAUCGAAGAAGAAGAAGAGCUCAUCAAAAUCGAAAAGACCAGUGUUGAAACGAAAAAUUCAUUCUUAAUCAAAAAUAACACCAUUUAUACCGAUCAACCGAUUUUAUUCCGUGGCCAGCGUAGCGCCACAUUCGAUGAAUCAACACCAAUGUACAAAAGCAUGCAGCGAUCAAAGACAAUGCCACCAUCAUCAGUUGCAUCAAGCUUUGCUGGCUUUGGCCAAUCAUUUAAAUUGAAUUUCGGACGCUAUUCACCUGCACGAUUGAAUUUCAAAAAAGAUUCCAUUAUUCCUGCAAAUAUUAUUGAAAAUAUUUCUAAUAUUAGCCCAAGUUUGACUGGCAAGAAAUCAAAUGAAAUCUUUCAAGGCGGUCUCAGUAGUAUAAAAAGUGCGGCAACAUCUGUUGCCAAGAAACUGGACGAAAUCAAAGAUGCAAUCUCAGCGAAUAACACGCCCAUCAAAUCGGCCAAUUUAGACCGAGGUCUGCAUCGUUCUGACGACAAUUUGGAUGUCGAUUCACCAACUUACACCGCACCAGCGCAUUCUCGACGCGUAUCAAGUGAUGUUGACCUAUGGUCGAGACUUAGCGAUUCACGGAAAUCCAGUUAUAAUAACCUGUUGUUCCUCGGUGAAUACGCAAAACUUCAAAACACAUAUUUACCUGAAACCAGCCAUCCGCAAAUCUCGUUGGAGCAUCGAUAUAGCUCAAAAUCGGAUGUUGAAAUUCAACUGAGCACAAUGUCAUCGUGUCACAAUUGUUCCGAACCAAUGUAUGAUAGGGACAUAAUGGCCGGAUGGUCAGCCGAAGAUUCCAAUCUCAAUACCACAUGUCACAAAUGUAAAAAGGCAACCGUUCCAUUGCUAAGCAUCAACAUAACCAGCAUCGAUCGUACGCAAUCCAAUGCAAAGCAAGAGAAUCAAUUCAAUGUACCGUACUUGAAUCCGUUGGUCUUGCGUAAAGAGCUCGAAAACAUUUUAUCUCAGUACGGCGACGAUUUAUUGUGUAAAUCACAAUUUGUCGAUGGUCAUGCCAUUAUCUAUUGGAAUCUGGUGUGGUUCAUGGAACGUAUAGGCGUGCAAACACACUUAUCAUCACUUUUCUUUCACAAGCAAAAUGAAGCAGACAAAAAACCACCGCGAGAACCCUCACAUCCUUUAGAUUGCUUAUGAGACACGCAUACGAUAACAAAAGUUAAUAAUUAAUUAACGGAAACAGCAAUCUAUUUGCAAUAAAAAAAAGGUUUAAGACAUCAAUAAUUAUUGAUUAUUAACUAAUUAUAAUUAGUUGUUGUAGACAUUGCGAGAAUUGUCAAGAGAUAUCCUAUAUUUUCUCUGUGUAUUGGAUAGAAAGCGCACCAAUUCUAUUUGAAAAAAAGCAAUCAAUUCACCAAACUCUCAAUCGACGGAACCAACACUUUUUUUCUGUUCAACCGAAUAACCACGAACUAACCACGUUCCAUCCUUUUCUCUCUAACACACACACACACACUAUUUUCUCUAUAUAUUUUUUGAUCGUCCAAUAUUGUCUUUAUACAAUUGUAUACCGCUUUUCUUUCGGAUUAUCGAAGUGGACGCAGUGCAUGCGAGUAAAGAAGAAUAAAAGAAAAAAAAUGAUCCGAAUCUUUUGAAGAAGCUUUAGUUUUUAUCGAAAUUGUUAUGAAAGAAUAUUUUAAGAUUACAAAGGAAAUUUGUAUGUGGCAAGAAGCAACCAAAAUGAGUUUAAACGCAAUAUUCAGAGCGGUUUAUCCCGAUUUCGCUUUGUUAUCGUUUUAUUUUUGUAAAAAAAGAAGAAGAAAAACAAUGAAGAAAAUGAAGAAUGGUAUAUUUUAUUCCUAGGCAGACAAUUGAAUUGUGAAAAAGGAUUUUAACAUUCACAAUCUCUAACUAUACAAAUAAAAAUCAAAUUAUUAAAAUCUAAAA